AUGAGCCAAGACAACAACAAUAGCUACAAUUAUUGUAACGGCAAGGCAAGUACUUCCGUUAACAAGGACUCGUCUUCAACGGUAGUGAGAAGUCCUCAAGCCCAAAACUUGAAUUGGCUCCUUUAUUGGAUGUAUUCUCGCGGAGAUUACGCCAAUUGCAAGAUUUUGAUUCAGAAACAGAUCCGAGAUAAUUACGAGGAGGAGUAUUUAUUCCAUAUUCAGGGUCUCAUUGAUCGCGACGAAGGACGAUUGGGUGAUGCCUUAACGAGUUUCAAACGAGCUGUCGAACUUAAUCCAAAAAGUUCGAAUAAUUCAAAGGAGCUGGCAAAGACUUAUUAUCAGAUGCAUCGGCAUAAACAGGCGUUGGAAAUGUUUUUUCAAGCGGAAAAACUCAUGCAACGAGUCGAUCAUGAAAUUUAUUAUUACAUUGGGGAUUUGUUGUAUCGCAGUGCGCAACAGCAACAAGGCAAAAUUCACAGUAAAGAGUACAAGGAUUACUUUAAACAGGCAAUUAUGAACGGAAAACACAAAGAAAGUUAUUUGAAAUUAGCGGAAAUUUAUGCCAAAGAGAAGGAUUAUCCAAAGGCCAUUGAGAUGUAUGAAAGUUGCUUACAAGUAUCUCACGAUUCAAUUGACAUUUUAACGAAAAUCGGCUUAAUGUACUUGAAAAUCGGCGAAAAUCAACGCGCUUUUGAGAAAUUACUCGACGUCACGCACUUGGAUGACCAACACACGAACGCUCUAAUGGCCCUCGGAGCGAUUUUACAGUCAAAGCACGACAUUGACGGUGCUCUUAACAAAUAUAAAAGGAUCCCGAAAAUUCACAUGGAAGGCGGCGAGUUAUGGAGCAACAUUGCCAUGUGUUUCUUUCGCAAACGAAAAUUCGUAGCGGCGAUCGCAUGCUUAAAGAAGUCCGUAUGGGUAGCUCCCCUCAAUUUCAACAUUUUAUACAACUUGGGACUCGUUUUGCUCACCGCCCAUCAAUAUGCCAGUGCCUUUCAAGUGUUUGCUGCGGGCGUCAAUCUUCGUCCUGACAAUGCCGAGUGUUACAUGUUACUCGGAGUUUGCCUUACUCGAUUGAACGACAAGCAAAAUGCUUAUGUUGCCUUUGAAAAGUCUGUUACGCUACCGGAUGCCUUGAAAAAUCCCCUGAUUUACUUGAAUUUUGCGGUUUUUUGUUACCAGAAUGACAGGCCGGCACAAGCCUUGCAGUUUUUGAACAAUUUCUUGGAGAUGGCACAAAAUAUGGAUGUCAAUAGAGAACAUGCUCAACUUGGUCAAAAAUUACAUGCAGCCUUAGCUGGUACCGUUAUUAAUGUUGAUGUUGAAGCACAAAAGCAUCCGAAGUUGGGUGCGAUUCCUUCAGGAAGCAUCGAAGCUCAGCCUGGAUCGAGAGGAGAGUCCAGUACUGCUACCAGAGACAAUAAUGACGACGAUGAUGAUGAAUAUUUUGCCUAA